CCGGGCCAUCCCCGGGGAGGAGUUAUGCUAAUGAGAUUGCCAUUAAGGAUAGCCGGGCCGGGGAAAAAUGCUCAGUGACUUAUUUCCCAGAAAGAGAAGUUGUCUCCACUAGUCUGUCUAUAUGCCUGUCCAUUGAAACAGCGCUUUGAAGGUUGGGGGAGAGAGCUACUCUUCCCCAGCGCUGUUACUGGAUUUAUCACACCUGGGCUGGAACGUCCUUUUAUUUUUUUUUAAUUUUUUUUGUCCUUUCUGGUUUAUCUUUUAUUUUUUGGGGGGGAUACUGGACGCCAUGUUGUGGAAGCUAGCAGACAAUGUCAAGUACGAAGAGGACUGUGAGGACCGGCAUGAUAGCAGCAGCAAUGGGAACCCCAGAUUGCCUCACCUCUCGGCCGUCAGCCAGCACUUGUACAGUCCGGCGCCCCCCCUUUCCCACUCAGGGGCCUCAGAUUUCCAGCCCCCUUACUUUCCACCCCCGUACCAGCCUCUGCCUUACUCCCAGUCCAGUGAUCCCUACUCGCACCUUGGGGAUCCUUUUUCCAUCAACCCGCUGCACCAGCCGCCGCCGCCACCACCACCACCUCCCAGCCAGCAACAAUCCGGCUGGCCCAACCGCCAGACCAGCCAAGAUCCUUCUGGUUUGUCCCACCAUGCCCGCUCUGGUUUGGUGCCCCAUCUCUCAGCUCUGGAAAGUGGCUCUGCUGGGGCGAGAAGGGAAACCUACAGGCGAUCUGAGCUGCUCCUGCCCCAUGGCCAUGGUAUUGAUGCUUCCAGCCUAGCAGAAAACCUAGGACUGCAUGAAAUGGCCCAUCACAUGGAAGAGGUGCAGGUAAAGAUUCUGGGAUCAGGGGUGAUGAACAUGAAUGUGGAAGAUCAGCAUUUAUUAAUGCAUGACCAGACAGUCAUUAGAAAAGGUCCUAUUUCAUUAAUGAAAAACAAUGCAUUAGGUCUCCCUUGCCAGAAGGAUGGACUCAUCGGGGUAGUGAUCAAUCCCAACGAAGUAUUCUGUUCCGUUCCUGGGCGACUCUCUCUCCUCAGUUCAACGUCGAAAUACAAAGUGACAGUAGCAGAGGUUCAAAGAAGGCUCUCUCCUCCAGAAUGUCUCAACGCUUCUUUGCUGGGAGGGGUUCUCCGAAGAGCCAAAUCUAAAAACGGUGGCCGAUCGUUAAGAGAGAAGCUGGACAAAAUUGGCUUGAACCUUCCAGCUGGCAGGAGGAAAGCUGCUAAUGUGACAUUAUUGACAUCGUUGGUGGAAGGUGAAGCUGUACAUCUUGCUCGGGAUUUUGGCUAUGUGUGUGAAACUGAAUUUCCUUCCAAAGCUGUUGCUGAAUACUUAACUCGGCCACAUCUGGGGCGCAACGAGAUGGCCAAUAGGAAGAAUAUGCUGCUUGCUGCAAAACAGAUCUGUAAAGAAUUCACUGAGCUCCUCACACAGGACCGCACCCCUCUUGGCAACGCAAGGCCAAGCCCCAUCUUGGACCCUGGCAUCCAGGGCUGCUUGACUCACUUCAGCCUGAUCACCCACGGAUUCGGGAGUGCUGCUAUCUGUGCCGCCAUGACGUCCGUCCAGAACUACCUGAACGAAGCGCUAAAAAUAGCAGACAAAACGUACAUGAACGCAGGCGACCAGAGCCCUGCAGAAACCAAUAAAAGCAUCGAGAAAAUGGAUAAGCAUCGGAAGUGAGAGGGAGUGAAAGGAAGAAUCCAGACUUUUAAAACCGUUUCUCACACACAGACUUAAGAUCAUCUUGCCUAGAGGGCAUGUAGAUAUCCGUUACAACUUGCUUCGGGGCGUGUUUUUUUUUAAAGCAUCCUUUUCAGGCUCCUCCAUAAGAUACAUGUGUAUCUUUCUUCUUUCUUUAAAGCUGUUGCUAUCCAUUCAUUGUGGGACCAGGGAACAGAAGAUAUCAGGAGUACAAACUUUUAAUUCUUUUUAACUUUAAAGCAGUAAAAAGUGGUGCUAUUUCUUUUUCUUGCAUGGAAAUCUGUUAAGUGCUAUUCCUCAACAUUUUGUGGGCAAGAUUCAUCCUUUUCUCUUUGUGUACAUCCUGUUGGCCUGGUUUACAUACAAUGCUGAACCAUAGUUUGACUGUUACAGGAGUAGGGCCUACAAAAGCCUUGAGAUCAGGCACACUCUCUCCCCUCCUCCCUGCAUCUGCUUCCUCUUUCAAUGAUAACCAUGGUUUAUCAUGUCAGAAAAGGACAAACUGUAGUUAGUGUAAACCAGUUGUCCCCAAUUUGGUGCCCUCCAGAUGUUUUGGACCACGAUUCCCAUCAGCCCAGCCAGCAGGGUAAAUGGUCAGGGAUUAUGGGAGUUGUAAUCCAAAAUAAUCCAAAAUGCCGCCCUAGGCUUCUGCUGGGAGGAAGGGUGGGAUAUAAAUAAAAUAAUAAAUAAAAAAUAUUUGAAGGGCAUCAGGUUCAGGAAGACAGGUGGUUAUUGAAACAAUGAAAAUGGCUUAUUAAAACAAUCAAGGACCAUAAAGCUACAAGGUGAUCUUGGUUGUUUCAAUAAGCCACAGUUUACACAUGAAUCAUAGUUACUCUUCUUCAGACACCACAAUAAACUGCGGUUCAUAUUAAAUGGAAGGCAGAUGGCUUCCAGUCUUCCUUUCAUGGCUGUGCCAGAGAAUAAGAAGAGAAGGGGGAGGAUGUGGGCUUGAGCAGGCUCAUUCAUGUAACACUGCAACUGCAGUUUGCCUUCAUGUCUAAACUAAGCCAUAGUAUGUAUGUGCAGGCUGCUUGAGGAGCAAGACACCUGGGACCAUUCUAAUGGAAGACAUGUAUGGUCUUCCCAGUCCAGGUACUGGCUGGGCCCACUGCAAUGUACUAUGUAUAUCAAGCUAGGGGACUGAUGGAGGGGAGCAGUUAAAGAGUUCUGGUGAACUGUUUAGUGGUCACCUGAGUUCAGGAGAGGAUCGGUCAUGCCUCUAACAGAUGGGAAAGCAUCCAGAUUCUGAUGACCAGUUCUUGGAAGUGUGUUUGAAAACCAGGAACAGAACAUGCAGUAUUAGCCCCAGUGUAUCUGAAUUCCUGGCAAUGUACCUAGAAUUUAUAAACAUAAUAGAAAUUUUUCAAGAAGAAGAUUGAGCUGAGUAUAAAGUGAAAUAAACCGUCUGAUGGUAAUUUGAAUGGUUUGCAUCACCUCUGGCUUUUCUGAGAGUAAUUCAGAUGUCUAGGUCUAAUCCUGGAAGCAUUGCUUCAGCAUAUUCUAAUGUAAAUAGGGCUUCUGCGGGGCUGAAAUGAAUGGAGCAGUAAGCACUAAAUUGGGAGGAGGAGCUUCUGGGUCUCUAAAUAUUGUUGGACUAUGCCUCCCAUCAUUCCCAGCCAGCACGGCCAAUGAAUGGGCAGGGAUGAUUGGAUUUGGAGCCCAAAACAUCUGGAAGGCCACAGGCUUCCCAUCCGUGCACUAAAGCAUACUGUAGCAGAUCUUACACAAGGAAAAACUUGUUCAAGCUAAAAAUAAUAAAAGAAACUUUCAUCCACUUUUUAAAAAUGCCAGGAUGUUGCAGCUUUAUACACAUCAUCAGGUCUUGUGCUUUUUAAAAUAGGAAAAAAACUUGAAAGAAUAGGCACAUAAUUUUUUUUGCCUAUGUAGGCCAAAAAUUAUAUAUAUGAAUAUAUAUAUAUCUCCAGGGAGGUUUUUAUGUGUAUAAGGGAAAACUGUGUUGGAAUGUAUAUAUUUAUUUAUGUGUAAUUUAAUGGGACUUGUAAAUAAUGGUGAACAUUUUACUACUUUUUUUUAUGAAUGGGGUUCAGAUUUUAAAAACAUUUUCCCCUCCCCCCAAAAAAGGUAAUGGGUAAACUCAAAUACACUUCUAGGUUAUGUACAGGUCUGUUUUAUGCUGGAUAUUUAAAAGAGACUUUUUACACAAAAAAAUAAAAAUAAAACUCAA